AUGAGUGAAAGUUACCCAUGUCAUUACUCUAGCACAGCUUUGAUGAGUGUGGUUGUAGCAAUCAUAUCUAUUGUUUUUGCUCUCUCUCUUGAAAGAGAUAUGACUCAAUGGAAGUUGUGUUGGAGUGUUAGGCUUCUUACUAUAGCUUACUCGGGAAUAGUUGUGUCUGGUGUAAUGGUAUUAGUGGUGAUGUCAUGGUGUAUGCACAUGAGAGGCCCUGUUUAUGUAUCUGCUUUCAAUCCUCUCAUGCUUGUCUUUGUAGCCUUGGCUGGUUGUUUCAUGUUAGAUGAGAAGCUACAUCUUGGAAG